UUAUGAAUGAAUUUGCAUCAAUGGUACAAGAAGUUGGUGCAUCUUUGGCAAGACUUUCUACCAAAUUGGUUAAGGCAAAAGAGCUCUUCCCUGGGAAUCAGUUGGUCAAGAAGGUAGAUGAAGUGUUGGGAAAGAUGGCAAGAGAACCAUCAAUUCUCAGCCAAGAUGAAGAAAUAUUUGGAUCAGAGGAUUUUUUGAAUGCCAUAGCACAAAUUGAGAAGGAACUGAUGGAGGCAAGUGAAGCAGAAAAAAAGAAAAUAGGAAAUGAGAAGGAAUAUGAUAUAAGGAAGACAUUCAGUUUGGGUUGCAACUUAACUCCCCCAACUCCAACAACUGAAGCACAGAUUAAUGUUGCAGCCACAACUUCAACAACAACUGAUGCAAAUGUUUCUUCUAAGCCAGAAGAGGAAAGAGUUGGAGGUUCAAAUUCUGAAGAACCACAAGAUGGAGGAAAUUCAAAAAAAGGUAAAAAGUUCACUUAUAUAGUAUUAAAUGAACAUUUGUGAUUGUAAAAUAUUCUUCUUUAAUGAUACUAAGUCUAUAUAUGUGUGAAUGAAAAUUAAUACAAAAAAGCAUUAAACAAAGGUGAAGGUUCAAAAUCUGAAGCAUUAGAAGAAAAUGUUGAAGGAAAUUCAAAGAGUGCAUCUGAUUCAAAAGUUGGUGAUCCCAAGACACCAACUGAAAAUAGGGAAGCUGC